CUGUUAUUCACGUCGUAAACACCGCCGAAACUUCGCAACAUGCGAGAAAUUCGUGGAAUUUGACACCCGUCGGAAUAAAAACAUCUAAGAACAUUGCGAGGACAAAAUAACUGAAAAUGGACGACAGGACUAUAGAUCAGAUUUUCGCAGGAUCGUUGGAAAAUCUUCCACCGGUCAGCUCGAAAAUCGUGAGGAUUUUUACAAGUUCCACAUUUACAGAUACAACCAUGGAAAGAAACACACUUAUGGCAAAAUGCUAUCCGAAGAUCAAAGACUAUUGUCGAGAAAAACAUGGUUUGGAGUUUCAGGUAGUGGACAUGAGAUGGGGGGUAAGAGAUGAAGCCACAGAUGAUCACAUGACAACGGAACUCUGCAUGAAGGAAAUCCAGAACUGUCAAAGAUUAUCCAUGGGUCCCAAUUUUGUGGUGUUUCUAGGACAGAAGUAUGGUUAUAGACCGAUCCCCACAUACAUCCUAUCAUCAGAGCUACAGUUGAUCAGAGACGAACUGGCUAACACUGGACAUGAUCCUACCUUGAUAGACAUCUGGUAUAGAAAAGAUAGCAAUGCUGUACCACCGAUCUCCGUUUUGCAACCGAUUUCUUCUAUUUUGAUCAACUUCAACAACAAAAGAAUACCGAAACUGCAAGCUGAAGAUCAAGCAAAAUGGUGGGACACUUUGGGAAAGUUUCAAAAAUUAUUCAGGAAGGCAGCAGCUUCUUUGAAUGAACAAGGAAAGAUGGAUCAUGACGCUAUGCACAACUACUUCAUGUCUGUAACUGAAAGGGAAGUUAUAAACGGCGUAUUAAACGUGAAGAAUACGAAGAACCAUUGUUUGGCUUACAUUAGAUAUAUCAACAACAUUAAUCUUCAGAAUUUGAAAAAGGCUUCUCUAUUUGUUGAUAUCAUCAACAGAAGCUUAGAUACGGAAUCGGCAAAACUAUUAGGUAAUCUAAGAGAUGAAAGAUUACCUGCAAAGAUCGAAUCCAGCAAUCUACAAAAAUACAACAUAGAAUGGAUUGGAAGAGAAGGUUUGGACCCAGAGACUCAUGAUGAAUAUUUGAAGCAUUUCAUUAUACAUUUUUACAAAAAUAUAAUAAAAUUAGUGGACAGAGCUAUGAGAAAAGAAGAUUCUAGCGCUCAAGGACAAAUAGUCACGGAAAUCCUUCAACAUCUUCAUGCAUGUAAUAAUUCUGUGAAGGUAUUCUACGGAAGAGAAGAUUCACUGGCGCAUAUUGAGAAUUACAUGACCGACGAUUCUGACAAAUGUUUGAUUCUUUACGGCGAAGGAGGCUGUGGAAAAACAUCACUGUUAGCUAAAGCAGCUAGCAUGUCUACAGGAAACGGAUGGUUCCCAGGUGCUAAACCCAUAAGCAUUAUCAGAUUCCUUGGUACCACUCCUGACUCAUCAGCACUAACACCCACGCUGAUUUCAAUCUGUCAGCAAAUCUCUUACAACUUUAUGUUGCCGUUUGAAAGCAUCCCAGACGAUCUGGUACCGUUGACAGCUCACUUCAAGCAACUUCUUACGCUGGCUACCAAAGAACAACCUUUGGUACUAUUUCUGGAUUCCGUAGAUCAACUUACGGGUACUCAGGAUGCUAAUAAGGUGUCUUGGUUACCUACUCGACUUCCACCAUAUUGCAAGAUUAUAGUGUCUUGUGCAAAUGAAGAAAAUAACCCCGAAGUAUCCAAGGAAUAUCACAUCCUCAGAAAAAUGAUUGACGUAGAUGAAAACUUCAUCGAAGUGAAAGCUUUAGGAGAAGAACUGGCUAUGAAAGUGAUCAAAAUGUGGAUGCAGACAGCCCACCGAGAUUUGACAAACUACCAGUGGAGGCUAGUCUCUAAUGCAAUAGAUAAAUGCAGCCUACCAAUUUUUGUGAAACUGGUAUUUGCUGAGAUAUGCAGAUGGAGAAGUUAUACUAAAUCACACGAUACACAUUUGGCUUCCACAGUCAUGGAUUCUAUCAUGAUGUUGUUCGAAAGAAUAGAAAAGCAGCACGGUAGAAUCCUAGUAUUCCACGCUCUAGCUUACAUCACCGCAGCCAAAAGCGGUUUAUCAGAAUCAGAAUUAGAAGAUCUGAUUUCGCUAGAUGACAAAGUACUGGACGAUGUCUAUCAGUACCAUUUACCACCAGUACGACGUAUUCCACCGCUAUUGUGGACCAGAAUCAGGAACGAUCUACCAAAUUAUUUGUCUGAACGAGAAGCUGACGGAGUCAGCGUCAUGAAUUGGUAUCACAGGCAGUUCAGAGAUACAGCCAAAGAGAGAUACUUCAAAAAUAUGAACAUGGCAACAUAUUUUCAUUCUAUGAUUGCGGACUAUUUUCUUGGUAUAUGGGGUGGUGGUAAACCGAAACCAUUCAAGUAUACAGAAAUACAGAGACAUCGGUUCAAUUUGAAAGAUAAAGAAGGUAUUGCGGAUAGAAAAGUACCGGUACAGCCCUUGGUAUUUUACUCGAAAGACGGGAAAGUUUCUCGAUAUAAUUUACGCAAGUUUGGAGAAAUGCCGUUUCACCUAGUCAGGUCCAGAAGAUUUACUGAUCUAUACGAAAACGUGCUUUUCAAUUAUGAGUGGCUACACGCAAAAUUAUCAAGUUGUCCUUUACAAGCUGUCUUAGCUGACUAUGAAGAUGCUAGUUCACAUAUCGACAAUAAAGAAUCAAAAAGAGAACUGAUGCUCGUUGCAGACGCCUUGAGACUAGGAGGAGCAGUUCUUGGCCAAUACCCAAACAUGUUGGCUCCCCAACUAAUAGGCAGAUUAUUGCCAGAGGUUGGAAAAAAUCCAAACAUCAAAAUGCUUCUGAAUGAUUGUGACGGCAAAGGUCCAAUGCACUGUGCCUUGUUGCCUUUGUAUCAUUGUCUGCAUACACCAGGUGGACCAUUAAAGUAUUCCCUGGAGGGUCACCAAUUUGCCGUGUUCUCAAUUUGUCUAACAUCGGACUACAGAUACGUGGUUUCAAUCUCAAACAGAUUCAUCACCUGGGAUCUCUCUACCAGUGACUUGACACGCGAUGUCAAUCCGAACAUUGAAGGAAUAAUGCAACACCUCGUCUUGAGUCCUGACAAUAAAUGGGCUGCUGCUUAUACCAACAAUAAUCAAACUGUCCUGCUUAAUAUGUUGUCUAGUGAGUUUGUCAUAGUGGAUAAUCCUUUAGCAGAAGAAAAAUCUGUAGUGGGGAUUUACCUUUUAAACUAUAACUUGUUUAUCUAUGGUACUGAAGAAUGGGUAAGGUUUGAUAUGAGAGGAAAUAAAGAGGAAGAAUUUAAAGGGCCUCUAAGUGGAGACAACUGGCCGAUAUUGCAUAUGGAAUUUGACAACAAAACUCAGUACAGAAUCAUAUUUUGGAAAGGCACUUUGGAUGAUGACACCAUGAGGCUACGGCUUGUGACCGAAGAAGGGAGCUACGAAUAUUUAGAAUAUCAUAGUGCUUUGGUACUCGGCAAAUAUAAAAAUACGGCAUAUGCGUGUACGACGUCAGGAACAUAUCAAGUUUCAAAAUACGUCAAAUCGGAAGAUACUAAGAUAUGGAUUAAAAUGGAAGACUUGUCACGGGCUGGAAAUGAUGAAUUAGAGAUAAUGCUACAACUGAAAUUGGACAAGGAUGAUAAAUAUUUGUUCGGAACAACAAGCAACGGCUUUGUAAUAUGGGACCUGGACGAAGAAAAAAAAAUUUAUGAAGGAGCUACCGUCUUGACCCUCCCAUAUGGCACUCGGAACAUCACGACGAAAAUGCUUCAAUCCAACUCCAUAGUUUUAAGCGCGCACAAAAAUUACGCAAUAGCAGGGGUGAGGAAGAACUUGUACGUAUGGAGCAUGGAGACAGAAAAGUUGGUCAAGAUAUUGGACGCUCAUUUCGGAAGAAUUAUUCAACUGGAAGCGUUGACAAUUGGAAACUGGAACAGCAUCGUGACUUCUUCGAUAGAUAGGACGGCAAAAGUUUGGAAUAUCAAUAACAUUUUCGAAACUGUGCAUGUUAUUGAUCGGCAUGAGCUACAAGUGGAUUCGAUCAGCCUUUCAGACAAUUUAAGCCUAGCUGUAACAACAACACGAAACUGUGUAGGAGUAUGGGACCUACGAAUUGGGAAGCUGAUUGCAAAACUUGCUGAUAGCCCUUUGGGAGCUAUUGUCACUCAUGCUAUCAUAACCCCCGAUGGCAAGUACAUAAUAUCAGCAGAAUCUGGAAACUUCCUAAUAUGGCUCCGUCUAACACAAAUGGUUAUCUUCAAAGAAGAACAACCAGGAAUAAGACAGUUAACUCUGAUUGAGGAUGGAACGAAGGUUCUAUCAAUUUCUAAGCCAAGCAACCCUCCAGGAAGUGAUUUUGUUCGUACUUCAGCCAUUGUCUGUGUUAGAGAAGUACCAAGUGGUGAGAUGGUAUACUCUUUUGAGUACCCAGUCCGCAGUAUAACUGGAGUCUCAUUCAAGCAAGCUGUCAUAACGUCAGAUCAACAAUAUUUGGUACUUUCUGCUGCAGACAAGACCAAUAGGGACUGUGUGAUAAUUCAUAAUGCUCAAAAUGGCGCGCUACUGCAUAGGAUACCUUUGAAAGCAAGUGCAAUCAAGGACAUUUCUGGAUUAGUGGCAAUGCCUCACAAACCUCAUCUAAUAGCAGUACUGACAACAGACAAAGGUGCUGUUAUAGAUAUAAGAAAUAAAAAGCAUAUUCGAACUGUACCAAAAUGGGGAGGCAGUAUAACUAAAGAUGGAAAGUAUGGACUUUAUGCCCCAUCGAGAGGUGGACUUGAACUGAUAGAACUAAAAAAGGGCUCUACUGUAAGAACAUUCAUUCCAAAAGUAGCUGAAGGUGUAUUUUCGAUUAUAUGCCUUUUCAACAAAACAGAUGAGUAUGUUCUUUAUUACCACAGUGGAAGAAAGACUUUGAGAGUGUUUCGAACUUCUGAUGCUGAAAUGGUGGCAAAUUAUAGAGUGCAAGCAGAACUUACGGCUGUGGAAAGUACUCCAGAUGGGAAUGCUUUGGUUUUAGGUACAAUUGAUGGCUGUGUAUCAGUGUUAGCUAUAGUUGAUCAAACUAAGACAGAUAUGAACCAAUACUUAUCACAAAUGCCUUCUAGAGAUGAAGGGUGGAAGAAAAGGGUGGAGAAAAUGAAAGCUCAAACAAGAUUUAAGGCUGUGGGUUCGAUUGCGAAACUUUCCACUUUGUUUGCCGAGAACAACAAGGACAAGGAUGUCAGUAAUAAUAACACGGAAAAUCACAAUACGGAAAAUGAACAGAAUGGCAACUAGUGUUAUAAUUUAGAAAACCUAUAUUACCCAGUAUAUUCUUGUAUUCGAUAGCCCUGUUCGUACAGAUGUAGCCAGUGAUCGUGUUCAAGAUCCCGCCACACAAAUUCUGUUCAUUCUGCUACACUGUGUAGAAUUUACACAGCCGGACCCGUGACAUAGUCACCGACCACUGUUCGAACAAACUUGAUAUCGUCAAUAUUUAAUGCAGCUUAAUAUAGUUAAGGAGUUAUAUAAUACGUGAAUAUGUUAUAAUAAAUGCUUGUUAAAGUUU